AUGGAUGAGGUGGUGAAGACAGCUGUGGAAGGGUUGUCCGAAAAUUCCAAUUUUGUGCCGGUGGACAAGAUCAAGGGCGACGCGAAGGUUCGUUCUUAUUUCCGCCGCGUGCUUUUCAAACCACCAUGGGAAAAUCCAGUCUGGGUUACAUACUUCCAGAGUAGACCGGCCGACUGGGAGUUCGAUGAAAGGACCAUGGGUGUGAAAGUCAAGUCAGAGCUCUCCGCGCAGAUUGAGGCUACAGCGCGUCACAAGCGCAAGACUGCAUCUUUUCCGGAGGCUUUAUACAGUGCUGUCCUUCGUGCUGGCACGCCAGUGGACACGUCCACAGUUGUUGCGAAUGCCAAAGAUAGCGAGAUUGCAGCAUUGCCAAUCGAUGCCAUUGAAGCGCUCCUUGGUUCCUUGGGCAACAAGCCCGAGGACCCGGCCGGAAUGGCAUUGGCCAAGCACAUGGAUGCAUGUGUGAAGGUGAUUGCAGCAGUCCCUGGUGCUCUCGAGAAGAAGGGCGCAGCACUAAGCGACAUCAUGAGAUUCUUCGACAUGGUGCUCAAGUUUCAUGCAGACAGUACUGAAGCGCGAUUAACUACUCAGCGCAUUUUGACUUUGAAGGAGUUGUGCGAGGCAGCUGCGUUUCAGAUUCGGUCAAAGGGUGUGGGGAACACCGGCACAAAGGCUCUUGGCCUCCUUUGCUCUACUGCGCCUUUCCACAUCAUGGCCCUGGCAAUGGCAGGCUUGGGCGACAAAGGCGAGGGCGAUGAUGUAAAAGCCUGCGCAAAUUUUAUCGAGAGAGUGUCUCCUGCCAUCCUUGAAGCGUUGCCUGCGGAGCACCUGCUGAAGCUCGCUGAGGCAUGUGCCAAGUCCAAGGCGGUCGCCGAAACGAUCUUACCGACGGUAAGCAAAGCCUGUUCUGCAGCGCUACCAAGCUGGUCCAUGGAUGAUGUGUCCAAGCUUCUCUUUACUUUGGCCAAGGUGAAAGUCGCUGACAGCUCCGAGUUGGCAGAGCUCUACAGCCGUGCUGCUGAGGUUGCUUCUGCCAACCUUUCCAGUGGCUUUGAUGCAUCCAGUGAAGUCUAUGGGAGAGGGGCGCUUUCUGGGAAUCGAAAGGGCUCUUUUUGGCGCUUGGCUUUCAGAAUUCAAGCAGCUUCUCCCAAGCUUAUUAUUCUGAUGGCUCAUGCUUUGCUAGAUGCGCAGUGUCAAGGAAGGGAUUGCCGCAGAAAGCGCGCUGAAACAAGAACAAAGAAGGACAACAGGUUAAAGCACAUGCAACCUACUUGCAGAAGCCAUAUGGACGUUUCAAAGAAGUUCUGGUUUCCAUAUUCUGAUGACAUUUUCAUGGCUGUGAAUGGCACCAAAGAACGGCUCACCAAAGAAGCCGUGCGGAGGGAGCUGGCAGCAGAGGCUGCUGAGGCACAAAUCGCCAAGGCCCUGGAAGCCAAAGAUGCGCUGGAGAGACAAGCACGUGCCAAUGCUGCAUGUGCCAUUGCUGCCGUGGAAGAGAGGAAAAAGAGGGACCAGGAAAGACAUGGAUUGGAACUGGCUUUGGCACAAGAGACUUUGGAUGAAGCCAAGCGACAGAGCCAUGCUCGCAUCCAAGCAGCAGAGGCCACUUUAUUAAAGGCCAGGGAAGAGGGACGUGCUCGUGUGGAAGUGGCUGAGCAGCGGAAGCAGCAGGCCAUUCAGCUGGCGAAGGAUGUGGCGCAGGAGUCCGAGACCCUCAGCCAGGCGCGGAUAGAAGAUGCCAAGCGUCGCACCGAAGAGAUGGAGGCUUGGGUGCAGCAGCAGGUGAUAGAUGCUGAGAAGCGUCAGGCAUCUCAGCUGCGAGAGGCUGAAGAUCGAGCAGCCCAUGUGGAGAAGGAAGCGCAACUUAGGGUAGAAGCCACCAAGCAAGCAGCAGUCACAAUCAUUGAGAAGCAGGUCCAGGAGUUGCAACUCUGGGUGUCUCAGACUGAAGAUGAAAUCCUGAGAACACAACAACGCCUUGAGAUUGAACAGGUGAAGGCGCAAAAGAUGAUAGGCAAAAUAUACUCCAUGGCUGAGAACCUUCAGCAUCGUGGUGAAGCCUGUCAGCAGCAGGCAGAGGACAUGUUGGUUGAGACAGGUGCGGAGGUGGCCCAAAUGAUUGCCGAGUACCACCAGUGGCGAGCAGAGGAGAUGGAGUACAUCGCCUGCCAGGCUGAUGGCCUUCAAGGCUUAGAGGAUUUUGUGGCGCGCUUGAGAACGGAGAAGCCGCUGGAAGAUGGAGCAGUCAACCCAGGUACACCAAAGACGCCUGGAGGCUCGGCAGAGAAUCUAGGUAUGGACUUUGCAUCUGCAGAACGACAAGAGCUUCUAGCAGACAUGGAAAGGCAUUGGUCCGCGUUGGAGCAGAGACUGAGAACAGAGACCUAUCCUGCAAUGGUCGAUGACCCCUACUUCACUGUCAAUGUGAAGGGGCUGCUCCAGCGUUACCUCGCUGCUUCAAAGUAUGACGUGAGGGAGGCUUUGAUUCGCCUGGAGGCCACUGCCAAGUGGAGAAAGGAGUGGAACGUGUUGGAUUACUACAGGGCAGGUGCCGCAGCUGAGCUCUUCUCAGAGGACUCCAAUCCCGGAGCUGAGAUGUACUUCGCAGACUCGCUGUUGAUGGAUAAGGAAGGACGGCCCUACGCAGCAGGACGCUUGAAAUUUGCCAACCCUGAGAACAUGCAUCCAUGGCACCAUUUGCGAGCUGGUGUGCUUGUUUUUGAGCUCAUGGCCACCAAGGUGGCUUCCAUGGGGAAAGGUCCUGGCUCUUAUAUCUUGGACAUUGGAGCAGUGGGGAAGGUUGGAAACGUCAGUGGCACUGCAGGCCACGAACGUGUCUACAAUGAAAACCGAAAUCCCUACUAUGCUGCUGGUGCUGGCACCAAGGAUGCACCUUCUGAUGAGGUCCUAGGUGAGCUGGGUAGCCUGGACAAUGGUUUUGCAGUGCUCAAGGCUGCCAUUACCAUCCUGAACCGACAUUACCCGGGCAUUGUGGGCCGUGUCUUCUACUUGAACAGCGACAUGGUGUUCUGGGGAGCCUUUAAGAUCUUCUCCAGAUGGAUUUCGGACCGUGGCUCCAUUGACUUCCAGUUCUUGGGCCCAGCCUCAUGGAGGGAAGAUCCUGUGUCCAAGCUGUUGGACUACUACGAACCAAAUCAGCUUCCGGAAGAAUGGGGUGGCACCGGCCCAAGGCUCAAUGGCGAUGAGUUUAUGCAACGGGCCAUUGAACAUUAUGAAGAAGAAGCCAUGGCAAUGGAACUCGUUGGCGCAGUGGUGCUGACUCUUAGCAGGGUACCGGCUUCCAAGGAGUUUGUGUCUACUGCUGCUGGUGAAGUGGUGAACAAGAUGUCCACUAUAGCAGCUCCUCAACUCUUGCUCCUUACGCAGGGCAUGGCCAGCCUAGGCUCCAGCGAUGCUUCUCUGAUGAAAGUGGUGGACUAUUGGGCCACAGAUGAGAAAGCCAAGCAGCUCUCAGCAGACCAAUUGGCAAAACUCUCACAGGUCCUCGCACCAGUGGUGCCUGCCCAUGAAGGCCUAUGGAAGAUGGCUGGUCCCAGACUCUUGGAGCAAAAGUCCUCCCUGACGGAUGCGGGGAAAGCAUCUGUGGUGGCUGCUUUCAGCGGAGAGGCGCCCAAUUUCGAGGACAAAGACAAGCUCCUGGCAGCUACCAAGCCAAGGGAGCGUGAACGAGAACGGGAAAAAGACAGAGAUGGCGGCAAGGAGCGUGAGCGAGAGAGGAGUCGUGGGCGUGACGACCGCCGGCGGGACGACCGCCGCCGCAGCCGCAGCCGCGAUCGGCGGCGCGACAGCCGUGACCGGCGGCGGAGAUGA